AUGUGUGGCAGAAAAGACUUAUUUGAUAAGCUUGAUGAGUCUGUAAGAUCAAUUGUGAAGUUUGGUAAUAGUUCUACAAUUCCAGUUAUGGGAAAAGGAAGAAUUGAAAUGGUUCUUAAGAAUGGUUCAAAGGCAUAUAUCAUGGAUGUGUUUUAUGUACCAGGUUUAUAUCCAAACUUACUGAGUAUGGGUCAACCAUCUGAAAAAGGAUAUUCUAUGAAUAUUUACAAUGGUCUUUGUUUCAUCAGAGAUAGAAGAAGAAGUUUACAAAUUUUGGCAAAGAAGGAGAUAGUGUCAGGGUUACCUUUCAUUGAACUUCCAAAACAAAAAUGUGAGAAUUGUAUCUUUGGAAAACAGCAUAGAGAUCCAUUCUCAGUUAACAAAACUAGAAGAGCUGAACAACAGUUGGAGAUCAUUCAUAGUGACUUGUGUGGUCCUAUAGAAGUUACAUCACACGGAGUUGAUAGUUUCUUGGAGGAACAUGGCAUUCAACAUCAGUUAACAACAAGAUAUACACCACAACAGAAUGGUGUAGCAGAGAAAAAGAAUAGAACUAUAAUGGAGAUGGAAAGAACUAUAAGAAGAACAAAAGAUUUACCAAAGAAUUUUUGGGGAUAUGCAGUUGACACAACAGUAUACUUAAUUAAUAUAUGUCCUACAAAUAGUUUGAAUAAUAUGACACCAGAAGAAGCUUGGAGAGGUACAACACCAAGUGUAAGACAUCUGAAAGUUUUUGGGUGCGUUGCAUAUGCACAUGUACCUAAAGAACUUAGAAAGAAGUUGGAUCACAAGAGUGAAAAGUGUAUUCUUGUUGGUUAUAUCUCAGUAACCAAAGGAUAUAAAUUGUUUAAUCCAGAGACAGAAAAAGUAAUAACAAGCAGAAAUGUGAUCUUUAAUGAAGAUUCACAAUGGAAUUGGAAUACUGGGUCAAAAAACAAUGUUGAUCCAAAUUCUGGGUCAACAAGGAAUGUUGAUACACAUACUGGAUCAACAAGGAAUGUUGAUCCACCUUCUGCUGUCAAAGCAGUUCCAAUUGUAGUUGAAGAAGAAGUGCAAACUCAAGACAAUGUUGAAGUACAUCAUGAAGAAGCAAGAACAGAAGCAACACCACAACAAGAAACUACAAGACCAAGAAGAAAAUAUGUUAUACAUGUUAGGUUGAAUGAUUAUGUAAUAUCAAGAGAUGAUGAAGACAUUGAUGAGGAUGUGGUGAACUCUGCAUUGUUUGGAGAUUGUGAUCAUGUAAAUUAUAAAGAAGCAUCUAAAGAACAAGGUUGGAUUCAAGCCAUGAAUGAAGAACUGAAGUCAAUUGAGAAGAAUGACACAUGGGAAUUGAAUAAACUUCCACCAGAAAAGAAACCUAUUGGUGUUAAGUGGGUUCAUAAAACAAAAUACAAGUCAAAUGGUGAAGUACAUAGACUGAAAGCAAGGUUAGUUGCUAAGGGAUAUAGACAAAGACAAGGUGUAGAUUACUCAGAAGUAUUUGCACCAGUUGCAAGAAUUGAUACAAUAAAAAUGAAAAUUGCUUUAGCUGCACAGAAGCGUUGGAAGAUUUUUCAGAUGGAUGUUAAUUAUGAGAUGAUCAAUGAAUUCAGGGAGGAUAUGAUGAAGGAGUUUGAGAUGACACAUCUUGGUAUAAUGUCAUAUUUUCUUGGCAUAGAAGUACAACAAACUGAAAGAGGAAUUUUUAUCAAUCAGCUAAGAUAUGCAAAAGGAAUAUUAAAGCGUUUCAAGAUGGAUAAUUGUAAUCCAAUCUUAACACCAGUAGAUGAGAGAUUGAAGUUGACAAGAGAAGGGUCAGGAGAACUUGUGAAUUCAACAGACUUUAAAGGUCUUGUUGGAUGUCUGAGAUAUUUGACUGCUACAAGACCUGAUAUCAUAGGAACAACUAGCUUGGGAAUUUUCUAUAAUGUUUCAGAAGAUCCAAAAUUGGUUGGAUUUACUGAUAGUGAUACUGAAGGAAGAAAGAGCACAUCAGGUUAUGGAUUUCAGUUAGGAACUGGUUUUUUCUCUUGGUCAUCAAAGAAGCAACAAGUUGUUGCUUUGUCUACGACAGAAACUGAAUAUAUAGCUGCUAGCAAUUGUGCUACACAAGCAGUAUGGUUGAGAAUGAUGUUGAAGUCAUUGUUUCAAGAACAGAAGACACCAACAAAAAUAGUUUGUGAUAAUAAGUCUACAAUUUCACUAACUAAGAAUCAUGUGCUUCAUGGAAGAAGUAAGCACAUUGAUAUCAAGUUUCAUUACAUCAUAGAGCUUUUCAGUAACAAGGAGAUAGUUGUGGAAUUUUAUGAAAGUGAAGAGCAAGUGGAAAAUAUUUUCACCAAGUCUUUGAAGUCUAACACUUUCAUUUACUUGCGUGGAAAGCUAGGAAUGAUUGGUAAAGAGUAUCUUGGUUUAAGGAAAUAUGUUGAAGGUUAA